AUCGACUGCCGCCAACGUAUUACUACUCCCGGAAGAGAUGUUUGGGACGUGUGUGUGUAAAUCCGUGAUUUAGUCCAGUGAAGUGGCAGAAAAUGUAAAACGGGGAGUUGGUCGUGGCAGUUCAAUCAGUUUCAUGUGGUGAAGAAGUGGACCAAAAAAGAGAGAGUUCCCAACUACAGGCGUCAGUGUUGUUGCUUAUAUUAAGGGCUCGUUUCUAAGCUGAAACAGUGCGCUGCCAUCUGAGAUCACACCGGGAUCUGUAUUACGCAGCAGGAUUUCGUCUUAUCCAGGUAAAUAAUCAUGGCCUCCGGUGGUACUCUUUUAUUCAUAUUCACUGCCAUCUGUGUCACUGCAGUCAAGAGUGAUGAGUUUGUAAAAAUAGAAUGCAAAACAACAAAUGUGGGAGACUAUGGCCAACAAUCACUGCUGGAGUGUGUCAUUAAAACAGCAGAACUAGCACAGGAUGCAACUAUCCGACUGGUCAUCUGGAGAAAACUGACCUCUCCAGAAGACGAAGAUGGCCUUCCCUUAGUGGUUUUUGCCAAAGACAAAUUAAAUAAAAAGUCAGGCUACAGGUUUGCUGAACCAUUAUGGGACAAGAAGAACAUGAAUGUAUCUCUGCUCAUCACCAACACUGCAGUGGAAGAUGAUGGAUAUUACAAGUGCACGGUGAUCACGGACCGUGGUGAUAGCAGCAUGCUCAACACCCUUAAAGUCCAAGCCAGAUACAGUAUCUUGACUGUAUACUCCAUCCCUGAGAAAAUUGUCCCAAAUAAAGACAGUACCCUGAUCUGUGAGUCUCAUGGAGGCUACCCAAGGGGAACACUUCGCUGGUUUGAUGAAGAGAAUCAUGAGUGGACAGGAAGCUCUGAAAUGGAGGCGACACAGUCAGACGAUGGUUUGUUUCAACUCACAAGCAGACUGUCUUUGCUGCGAGGAUCCACUUUCCCAAAGUAUACCUGCGCUGUGUUCAAUGCCAGUGGAGGCAAAGAGGAUGAGUUCACAUUUGAAACCAACAUACCACCACCAUCACUGCACGGAUCUGAAGAAGGACAAGACUCAAAUAGGGUAGAGAUCUACAAAAUAGUUGUCCCUCUGGUGGUCAUUGGUUCACUGAUGGUAGGAUUGCUGUGUGUGCUGUUGAUCUACAGAUGGGGAUCUCACUCAUAUCUCAUUGAUUUCCAUCUCUCACCCCAACCGGUCAAAGCAGAUGGCCGCACCUCCCCUAGCCUGGUUCGGUCGGAGGUUUCUUCCUGUUUAAAGGGAGUUUUUCCUUCCCACUGUCGCCAAAGUGCUUACUCAUAGGGGGUCAUAUGAUUGUUGGGUUUUUCCUCUGUAUCU